AUGCUUGCUUAUGGGGCAUCUGCAGAGCAGGUGGAUGAGAUUGCAAGGAUGGGAAAAUCUACUGUCCUAGAGUGCUUGGUGAGAUUUUGUGAUGCAGUGGAAAAUUUGUACACGAGGGAGUACCUUCGCAAACCAACGCCAAGAGACCUGCAACGGCUUCUACAAAAAGGCGAGGCCCGAGGUUUCCCAGGAAUGAUUGGAAGCAUCGAUUGUAUGCACUGGCAGUGGAAGAACUGUCCUACUGCUUGGCAAGGGGAGUACGGGAAUCGGAAGGGCCAAAAAAGUAUAAUUUUGGAGGCCGUAGCUUCAUUCGAUUGUUGGGUUUGGCAUGCCUUCUUCGGGGUUGCCGGUUCUCAGAAUGACCUCAAUGUCCUUGGUCAAUCCCCAGUGUUCGAUGAGGUAUUGCGAGGUCAUUCCCCCCAGGUCACGUACCAAAUCAACAAUACCGUUUACUCUGGUGCGUACUACCUUUCCGACGGAAUUUAUCCUAGGUGGACGACAUUCGUGAAAACAAUUCCGAAUCCCCAAUCCGAGAAGGAACGAAACUUUGCUUCCUUUCAAGAAGGUUACAUGAAAGACGUGGAGAGGUGUUUCGGUAUCUUGCAAGCUCGUUAG